AUGGAGCCUGAAUUGCGGUUCAAAGGAUUGCCACGGCAUGACAAGGACCACUUGGGAGAGGGACGUUGCAUUGCGUCCGCAUCCGCCCUUUGGGCCGAUGACGCACGUCGCACCGCAUUCGUCCCCGAGGAGUUGCUGCAAAGAUGGGCCUUGGCCUCAAGACGCGAGUGGAUGUGCAUCGUUCUGUCGGGACACCUCGAGAAGUCCAUCCUCCGCGAUCCGUCGCUGCCGGAAAUUCCCAUCGGCGACGUGGCUCCGGGUGGCAUUUCUGGAGACAUGGGCAUGCUUGGUGUGAGCAAAGUUCGAAGCCAUAGCUGCCGCUGUGUGGAGCAAUCCUCGCUCCUUUUGCUUUCGCGGACGGCCUUUGCUCAUUUGGUCGAGGCUACAGGAGGUCUGGAAGAGCAUCCACUGCUAAAGCAGUUGGAGAAGAUGCAGAACCUAACAGGCGAAGUCUCAGGUCCUCAAGCCACUGGCUGCCACUGGCUGCCACUGCCGCUUGUGGCACGUUUGGAGAUUCAAACCGAGAGAGACGCAUGUCGCAUUGACCUUUGCAGGCGACAUUGA